UUUUUUUUAAUCGAAAAAAAAGAGCACAAAGUGGAAUGAUAAUGAAAACCCACGUGCGCCUUUCACUCACCGCUCUCGCGCGUGCACGCAGUUCGUUUCCGGUUCAAGAUGGCGGCCACCAUGAAGAAAGGAGUGGCAGCUGAAGAUGUCAAUGUAACAUUUGAAGACCAGCAGAAGAUAAACAAGUUUGCCAGAAAUACGAAUCGAAUGUCUGAGCUGAAAGAUGAAAUUGAGGCUAAAAAGAAAUCCUUACAGAAUUUAGAGGAUGCCAGUGAUGACCUUAUGAUGUGCGAGGACGAUGCCAUGUUGAUCCCGUAUCAGAUCGGAGAAGUCUUCAUCAGUCACUCUCAAGAAGAGACGCAGGAGUUGCUGGAGGCGGCAAAGGAAUCUCUCCAGGAUGAGAUCAAAGCUCUGGAGGGUCGUGUGUCAUCCAUACAGGAGGUUCUUGGAGAUCUGAAGGUUCAGCUGUAUGCUAAGUUUGGAAACAACAUUAAUCUGGAGGCAGAUGAAAGCUAAAACUUCAAGCAUGUGGACUUGACAUGAUAGACUGUUAAACUCCAACAGGAAUUGACACUUAUACUAUAACAACCAGUUUCUGUACUGUUUACUCUGCUGGUGUUGUUUUUUGCAAUGUGUUAUGUUUGGUGAAUUACUGCAUGACGUGUGCUGUUCUUUAGCCGGUCGUAUGGAGCAUAAGGAAAGAGAAUGAGAGGCACUGAUAUCAAAAAUAAACAGCAAAACAGUUA